AUGUCGAACUAUAGCAAAUACGUCCCACCUUAUUAUCCAAAUGAAGGAUACGAACGAGAUGAGAGCUUUGCCCUGAGAAUUCGCAUGAAUGCUAAAGUGCUGGUUGAAAUAGACGAUGUAAAUGGACGGAUGACUACGGUUUUGGGAUUUCUUGUCGAAUGGAAAGACUCGAAUUUGGUAUGGGUUGGAAAGAACACGUUUGUUUAUUCCGUCAUCCUUGACUCCGAUAUGAUUUGGAAACCGCACAUUGAGGUUGGAAAUCCACAAGUUGGGAGACAAUCGAUGGCCGAUAACAUAUUAGAUAAAAAUAAAAAGAUUCUGCUUGACUUCAGAGGGCAAGUGACUUGGAGCUUUGUUUGGACAGUGGACACAAGGUGCAACAUCGAUAUCACAUACUUUCCCUUUGACCGGCAGCAUUGUCUGCGUUUGAAACCGGAAAUGGCCAAGAAAAUUAAACUGAUACAAAUAAUAAAGAAGCGGUACCAUUACGUCUUCAAGGUCCUCAAAAAGAGAUUCCAGAACAUCUUCAAUGUCCUCAAGAAGCGAAACCAGUACGUUUUCAAUGUCUUAGAGAAGCGGUACCAGAAACUCUGCAAGGCCCUCAAGAAGCGGUACCAGUAA